CCGCUGACGUUGAGCAGCGAGACGAGGGCAGCGCACUGUUUGUUUUCAUUAGAGAACCGGCGCUGAACGGAAGCUUCCUCCCGGUCCUCUCCGCUUCCUCUUCCUUCUUCACCCUCUCCAGUGUCCGCGGGACGUGUGUUCAUGCGGGGCGGCUCUCGGCGUGUUGAACACUUCCAGCUGGCGGCUCGCCUCGGCUGGUCCGGAGGGUCAUCGUCCGGGACGAGACGCCCUCUGCUCCGCUAGCGGCGCCGGGGUUCGGGGGGAAGAUGACCGGGGAGAAGGUUCGCUCCCUGCGCAAGGACCAGAGGCCGAGCAAGGACGAGGACCUGCUGGAGCCGGACGAGGAGGCGGCCACCGGGACCUUCACCGCCGCCAAGCCCAGCGGCAAGAGCCGAGCGAGCAAGAUCUUCAGCAAUCACAAGUUGGUCAAGUCGUCGUCCACCCAGCAGCAGCAGAACCAGCAGAUCAACGACAACACCAACGCGCUGUCCACGUCGGAGGUCAUCGAUGACAACAACAAGAACCCCAUCCUCCGGACCGGACACGACUUCCCGGUGCACCAGUGCGUGUUCGAGGGAGAUGUCCGCCGCCUGUCCUCGCUCAUCCGGACACAGAACAUCGCGCAGAAAGACGUGCACGGAAACACACCGCUGCAUCUCGCUGUCAUGAUGGGCAACAAAGAGUGUGCACACCUGCUGCUGGCCCACAAUGCACCAGUGAAGGUGAAGAACGCUCAGGGAUGGAGUCCCCUUGCAGAAGCCAUCAGCUACGGAGACCGGCAGAUGAUCACGGCGCUGCUGAGGAAGCUGAAGCAACAGUCCAGAGAGACUGUGGAGGACAAGAGGCCCAAGCUGCUGAAAGCCUUGAAAGAGCUUGGUGACUUUUACUUGGAGCUUCACUGGGACUUCCAAAGUUGGGUGCCUCUGCUCUCCAGAAUCCUGCCUUCAGACGCCUGUAAGAUCUACAAGCAGGGCAUCAACAUCAGACUGGACACCACCCUGAUAGACUUCACGGACAUGAAGUGCCAGCGCGGUGACCUCAGCUUCAUCUUCAAUGGAAACGCCAUCCCCUCCGAGUCUUUUGUCGUGCUGGACAAUGAACAGAAGGUUUUCCAGCGGAUACACCAUGAGGAGUCCGAGAUGGAGACGGAGGAGGAAGUGGACAUCCUGAUGAGCAGCGACGUUUACUCUGCCACACUCUCCACCAAGUCCAUCACGUUCUCCAGGGCGCAGUCUGGCUGGCUGUUCAGAGAAGACAAGACGGAGCGCGUGGGAAAUUUCCUGGCAGAUUUCUACUCCGUGAACGGCCUGGUCCUCGAGUCCAGGAAGAGACGGGAGCAUCUGAGCGAGGAGGACAUCUUGAGGAACAAAGCCAUCAUGGAGAGCCUGAGCAAAGGAGGGAACCUCGUAGAGCAGAACUUUGAGCCCGUGAGGAGACAAUCUCUAACCCCCCCAUCACCCAACACUAUAUCCUGGGAGGAAUACAUCAGUUCUGACAAUGGAAGAGCUCCUCAUCUGGGACGAGAGCUGACCUGCAAAGAGAGCAAGAAAAACUUCAAAGCAACAAUCGCCAUGAGCCAAGACUUCCCUCUGGGCAUCGAAUCGUUGUUAAAUGUUCUGGAGGUGAUUGCUCCCUUCAAGCACUUUAAUAAACUCAGGGAGUUUGUGCAGAUGAAGCUCCCCCCUGGUUUUCCUGUUAAACUCGACAUCCCCGUCUUUCCUACCAUCACGGCCACGGUGACAUUCCAGGAGUUUCGCUACGACGAGUUUGAGGCGACCAUCUUUACCAUUCCCAGCGAGUACAAAGAAGACCCCAGCCGCUUCCCUGACCUUUAACCUCUCCAUGCCGGGCAAAGGAAACAAACGUACAACCGGGCAACAUUCUGCUACAAGACAUACUUUUAUAAAAAUACGAAAAGGAGAAACUGAGGGAAAAACAAGCGGCGGUAAUCGCUUCUUGACAGUUUAUAGAUUUCAUCGGACGUCCAGACUCUGAUUCCAAACCAACGAGCAGAGUUUGAUGAAGAUGACGGCGCUGACGGAGACGUCAGCACCUGAUGAGAGGGAGCGUCUCAUCAGUGAAAGGGCAUUGAAGUAGAGAUGGGUGAGAGCAGGGCA